AUGACACCAGCAGUAGCAAAAAAUUACCAUGAAGUUAAACUAACAGCUAAUAUAAAUGAUGAUUGUCAAGGUAGUAGUAUGGAUUUGAUUAAAACUUUGGCUGAUGCCCAAAUAAAUCCUACUGAUAGACAAGUAGUAUGGCUAUAUGAUACUUGGAGAUCUGAAAAUUAUGGAGACAGAUUUGAUAAAGGUGUUUGUGAAAUAUUGGAGACUAAAAAGCCAUUGUAUGAAAAAUCUGGUGGUAUAUUGGAAAUUUCAAACAAUCCAUUAUGUAUAGUUAUUAUUACUCCACUUAUGAUGAGAGCUCACAAAAUGCCUUUUUCGAAAGACAUUGUUUUUGUUGACUCUACAGGUUCGUGUGAUCAAAGUGGUUCUUGUAUCACUUUUUUUUUUUUUUGUAGUUUCUAA